AUGCAAAGCGGAAUAACGCUUGGCAACGUUGAGCAGCGCAGUGCCUUUGCAGACGCCCUUGAGACGAACCAUCACGUUCCACUUGCACAGUUGGACCUCCACGGGAUACGUGGCCAUGGUGCCCUUCAGCACAGUGUAGAGCUCACCAGACUGCGUGGCGCCGAACUCGGGGUCGGAGUUGUGGUACUGGAACACCACCACCGAGUCCAUUACCUCGAUGUAGCUGCCGGGAGUACGGUGCGCGUACUGCUCCAUUAUCUGAAUCACGGGCUCCUUCCAACCCUCGUCGACCGUAUCCAGCAUGCAGCACCACUCGUUACCCGUGAUGGUAGGCACCUUGUAGUACAGCCCGUAGCCCGAACACAGACCCAGCUUCGGCUGAUCGGGGAACCACAACUUCUCCAUACAUUCGCGACUUCGGCCGCUUAUAACGACCACUACGUUCAGGGGAUCGUCAGCAAGCGUCUCGAUGCUCUUCACGUUGCACUCGAGGGGGGCGAUCCGCAUACGGAUGCUUUGCUCACAGUCUUGAGGAGAGCGCGGAGGGGUGUCCCACAGACUGGGCGACAGUGUGCCUUCGCAAUCCAAGAAUAUCAGACGACGACGCGCAGCAUGGUAGCAGUUAAGCACGAAAUCCGUGUUCAGACGCUGGAACGAGUUGGCCAGCGAAUAAGUCUUGAGGGUCUUGCCAAAGCCCCAGGUGAGGUGAAGCAUGUCCUGGCGCUUGCGUGCGAAGAACAACUCACGCACGAAGUGGUCGGCCCAGCUCACUGUGUCGCUGCUCACGAUGUACUCGAAGUCGCGACGGCACACUUCGACCCUCUCCUCGGACUUGGACGACAUAGCUGUUCGCAUAGCCUCUACCACGCUCUCGAUGUGCCACGGGUUAACACGGAUCGCAGACAGAAGCAUCUUGCUGAAGCCCACAAACUCACUCAAUAUAGCGCACGCUGGUUUGCCCUUACGGCAGUAGAUGUAUUCCAACGCACGCAUGUUAAUACCGCCACGAAUCGACGUGUCCAGGAAGCAGUCAGCAGAAACAAACAGGGCGUAUUUGCGCUCUAUACUCACGUUAAAUUCCAGCACGACGUGCACACCGCCAUAAUCUUCGUUUAUGCUGUCCACAAUCGACUGCAAUCGCUCCGCCACGUCACGCCGACACUCCCAGAGCGUGUCCUUGGCGGACACGUACUGCACCAGCAGCACCUUGUUGCGAGCAGAACUGGUCUGUUCCAGGAACUUACGGAACGCCUUCAGCUUCAGAAACAAACCGGAAAGACGGAUAUCACGGUCCAACGAACCAAACACGAAACGGUCGGGCCACUGUUUACGGAACGACUCAACCAGCGCUGGGACGCCAUUGUUCUCCUCCAGCAUGGUAGCUAG